AAAGGGGAGAACACAGUGUUUCUUGAGUACUUGUAUUUUUCCAGGGCAUUUUCUGAACUCUUUCCAAAGACCUUUUCCCUAGUUCACUGAACAACAGCUGCUGGAAAGCUCCUCCCUGAGGGAGGAGAGAAGACUUCAUUGAUUUUUUAAAGAACAACUUCACAACACCCAAACAAACCAGGACUGGUGCUGCUGUUGUGAGGAAGGAUCUGCCAGUGAGAGCUGAAGGCGUGACCCCCCAGGGCUUUGCUGGAUCAUGUUUGCCUGUCGUUUGCCCUUGUGGAGGUUCAGUGCCACCUGCAAGCUGCAGCAAUCAGGUCACUUUCUGCCUUGGAACAGCUGCCAAAUGCUGAGUAUUAAAGGAAUCAACACCACUCUGGGGCAGGAGCAGCAGGCUGGCCUGAAGGGAAAACAAGAGUUAGAAGAUCUGGAAAUGCCCCUUGCAAGGAGUGAAACAGAGGCCCUCUUCCACGAGCAGCCUGAGACUGGGAACCAGUACCUGGAAGACGCUUUACUUCAGAGUUACUUGAAAACGCACCUUCCUCCCAAGGUCCUGGAGGAGGUGCAUCAGGACCUGGAGAGGUUUGGAAACCGUCUGCAUACCAAGAUCCAACCUCUGAGUUGGGAAUGUGAGCUGAACCCCCCCGUGUUCCAGCAGUAUGAUGCUUGGGGGCAGCGCGUGGAUCACAUCUACACCUGCUCAGCGUGGAGGAGAAUGAAGGAGAUUUCAGCAGAAGAAGGGCUGAUUGCUGAGGCCUAUGAGAGAAGAUACUCACACUGGAGCCGCCUGUACCAGGCUGUCAAACUGUACUUGUUCUCAAGCUCCUCUGGAGGUUUCAGCUGUCCACUGGCCAUGACUGAUGGGGCAGCCAAAGUCAUUGAGUCACUGGGUAUUCCUGGAUCUCUGAAAAAUGCUUUUGAUCAUCUGACAUCCCGUGACCCCCAGAAGUUCUGGACCUCUGGCCAGUGGAUGACUGAGCGAAGGGGUGGCUCAGAUGUUGCAAACGGCACGGAGACGGUGGCCAGGAAGCAGCCAGAUGGCACCUAUCGUCUAUAUGGAUUUAAGUGGUUCACAUCAGCAGCUGAUUCUGAUAUGACAUUAACCCUGGCCAGGAUAGCAGAUGCUGAAGGACAGUGUACCCAGGGCUCCAGAGGUCUGUCCCUGUUCUUCCUGAGGGUUCGGGAUGAGGAGGGAAAGCUGAACAGCAUCCAGGUGCAAAGGCUAAAGGAUAAGCUGGGCACGAGGCAGAUGGCAACAGCAGAGCUGUGGCUGCAAGGAGCCAGAGCAGAGCUGAUCUCUGCAGAGGGUCGUGGAGUGGCUGCCAUAUCCAACAUGCUGAACAUCACUCGGAUCCACAAUGUCAUUGGUGCAGUGGCUUCCAUGAGAAGGAUGAUCAGUCUGAGCAGGGACUACGCCCGCAAGCGCGUGGCGUUUGGGAAGCUCCUCAAGGACCAUCCCCUGCACAUGCAGACAAUAGCCCGGAUGGAGGUGCAGGUGAGAGGGGCCUUUCUGCUGCUUAUGGAGAUUGUUCGCCUGCUGGGCCUGGCUGAAACCAACUUGGCGAGUGAGCAGGAGCAGCUGCUGCUGAGGUUGCUCAUCCCAGUGGCCAAACUGUACACAGGGAAGCAGGCUUCUGCCGUGGCCAUUGAGGGAAUGGAGAGUUUGGGGGGGCAAGGUUACAUGGAGGACACAGGCUUGCCAGUCAUACUCCGGGAUACUCUGGUUCUGUCCAUAUGGGAGGGAACAACCAAUAUCCUGUCCCUGGAUGUGCUUCGAUCCCUCGUCAAGAGCCAAGGGCAGGUGAUGGCUGCAUUCCUGUCCACAGUGCAGAAAAAGCUGGAGCUGGCUUCAGGCACUGAGGAGCUGUCCCCGGCUGUGCAGAGGACACGGGAGGCCAUCGGGAGGCUCCAGCAGUUCACGGCAGGCGUGGGCUCAGAGAAGGCACUGACCAUGGAGCUGGCAGCCAGAGACUUCUCCUACAGCCUGGCACGGAUCUACACAGGUGAACACCCCCAGCUCUCCCAGCCUAGCUCCAGAGUAGACGGACCCCAGCCCUGGGAGCAUCUCCAAGGCCUCUUGCAGACAGACUCACUCCAGCAGCUCCAGGUCCUUCCUGUGCUGAUGGAUUCCAGACCAGGAAAGGGCUGGGAAUCUGCCAUAGACACCUGAUUCACACCUCGGUCAAGGGUGGAGCUCUAAAUCUCAGUGCCCACCUUUCAUGCUGAAGCAGCUCAGCCUUCAAGCACUGCUAAGAAACCACCACCCUUUUCUCCUGAGCCCUUGGCUGUUCUGGCAGGAGCCUGGGAAUGCUGACACCUCCUACUCCCCCACAGGAGCUCUUUUAAUGGAACACGCUGCUCGUCCUGACGCUUCCUCUACAGACGUCUGCGCUGCCCUGAGGUAGGCAUAGCCCUGCCCGCCCUGUGCGUUCUGGAUGAUUCCAUGGGCAGUGCCAGAGGCUUUGCUCCGCCUCCAGACUGAUCCGACCCCUGGCCACGGCCAGACCCACGAGCACAGCUGGGAAUAACCAGCAGUUUCUCUCAACCCCGGCGCUUUUCUCUGCUUGGGCGAUAUCCAUUCCCGCACUGAUGGGCAGGAUCCCACCUGGACACGGCUCGGGUUGGCAUCAGCCCCGUGAGUGCGGCCGGACUGGCGCAGCCCAUCCCUCUCUCCAUCCAGGUGGUGCAACCAGGAGCUGUGUCCGGUGGCCGUGGAGUCAGCAAGAGGCAGCUAUGGGGGAGGGGCAGUGCUCCAGGACAGCGCCCUGGUGUUCGGGAGCAGCCGGCUCUGAGCGCCCGCCGCCCCGGCACGGACACGAGGUGGGUUGCAAUCCAAAAAAUCCCCCAAAUCCUCAGGUACCUGCAAAUUUCAGGUGUGGUGGAAUGUCCCAUUCCACAAGGGGCCAGACCAAAUCCUUCAGGAGUGACCCCCACCUGCCCCGGGCUGAAAUCCACGGUUUUGAGGUUUCAUAAUGUUGACACAGCCCCGAGAGUCAUUGCAAGGUGCUGGAAUGUUCUCACAGUUUAUCACUGGGAAAAGCCCCAGUGAUAAAAUCCAGAGAGGAGCUGGAAGCAGCAGCUCUUCAAGUGCCAAGACUUCUUGAAGAAAACCAACCAAAAUAAAACUGAAUGUUAUCUGAAAAUGAUUAAA